AAUAAUUAAGAAGUAUCAACGCUGCAUGCAAAGAGGAGAUAUAUCUCAAAACGUGCAGCGCAAACAAAACGAGUGAAAGUGCAAAAUUAAAACAUACAUAAAUCUAUGCGAUUGCCGUUUACCACAAUUUCUUCCAGUCACCUACACAAACACACACACAGCCUCAAUCCGAGUCAGCCCCAGCAGCCAGCGUAUCCACCCCCAACAGAAAAGUGCACGCCGCCAACCGCGUCGUUGACAUCGAUCCACAGCAUCGAGCACCAGUGGCAACAACAACACCAACACCAUUAAUAUCAAAGGCAACGUGAUGGCUUUCGCCGGAUUGAAGAAGCAGAUCAACAAAGCGAAUCAGUAUGUGACGGAGAAAAUGGGUGGUGCGGAGGGCACCAAGCUGGAUUUGGAUUUUGUGGAUAUGGAGCGCAAGACGGAUGUCACUGUGGAGCUGGUCGAGGAGCUGCAGCUGAAGACCAAAGAGUUUCUGCAGCCAAAUCCAACGGCACGGGCCAAAAUGGCCGCCGUCAAGGGCAUCUCGAAGCUGUCGGGCCAGGCAAAAUCCAAUACGUAUCCACAGCCCGAGGGUCUGCUGGCCGAGUGCAUGUUGACUUAUGGUAAGAAGCUCGGCGAGGACAACAGCGUGUUUGCGCAGGCGCUCGUCGAAUUCGGCGAAGCGCUGAAACAAAUGGCCGACGUCAAGUAUUCGCUGGACGACAACAUCAAGCAGAACUUUUUGGAGCCACUGCAUCAUAUGCAGACCAAAGACCUCAAGGAGGUAAUGCACCAUCGAAAGAAGCUGCAGGGCCGGCGUCUCGACUUUGACUGCAAGCGUCGUCGGCAGGCCAAAGAUGAUGAAAUUCGUGGUGCUGAGGACAAGUUUGCCGAGUCAUUGCAAUUGGCCCAAGUGGGCAUGUUUAAUCUGUUGGAAAACGACACUGAACAUGUCUCACAGCUCGUCACCUUUGCUGAAGCACUAUACGAUUUUCACUCUCAAUGCGCUGAUGUGCUGCGUGGCCUGCAGGAGACGCUACAGGAGAAGCGCGCCGAGGCAGAGAGCCGGCCACGCAAUGAGUUUGUGCCCAAGACGCUGCUCGAUCUGAACUUGGACGGCGGUGGCGGCGGCCUCAUUGAUGACGGCACGCCGUCCCACAUUAGCUCGAGCGCCUCGCCGUUGCCCUCGCCGAUGCGCUCGCCAGCCAAAUCCAUGGCCGUCACACCGCAUCGCCAGCAGCAGCCCUGCUGCCAGGCACUCUACGACUUUGAUCCCGAGAACCCAGGCGAGCUGGGCUUCAAGGAGAACGACAUUAUCACCCUUCUAAAUCGUGUCGAUGACAAUUGGUACGAAGGUGCCGUCAAUGGCCGAACUGGCUACUUCCCCCAAUCGUAUGUGCAGGUGCAGGUUCCUCUGCCCAAUGGCAACUAGAUUGCAUCAUGCAUUGUGCAGUAUAAUUUAACUGAAUGUUGGUUUCGUCGUCAUCGGCGCCGCGCAGCUUGGCACAUACAAUAUGCAAUCAAACAAACAAACAUACAAGCAAACAUACAAGACAUGCAAACAAGCAUACAUACAAUAUGUAGAUGGAUUAAUAUGGUUAGAGUUACGGCUUAGCUAGCACAGUAAAUUCACGUGGCCAUGAAUACAAUACAAGAACAUCAAAUUAAACCGCAAAUGUUACAUGCGAUAGCAAAACAAAAUUUUACCAGUUGGCAACACAAUAACUACAAAUUAUUAAUUACAACUAAAUUAAAAGUAUGUAAUAUUAUGUGUGUAAUACUAACUAAAUUUACAAAACGUUACAAAUGAAUAGAAAUUUCCAUGUGUUUCCAAUUCAAGAAUGUUGUCUCCAAAUUGUUCAACUUUCAAUUCUAUUUUAUAUGCUUAAAUCAAAACAACAUCAUAUACAACAUUAUACAUACGCAAAAUGUAUUACAGCAUACAUACAUACAUACAUAGCUUGUCAGAUUGGCCAACUCCCAAAUAUUAAUUAGCUAGAUAUCCAUAACUGAUAGAUACAUACAUAAACUAUGUUGCUAUUUUUCUGCUUUCUCACACAUUGAUCGUUGUAUUUCCUAAACUCUAAUUUCUAUUUCGCUCUCUAUGCAAAUUCUAUAUGGUAUACCUAUUGCUACCUACCUACAUGAAAUACCUACUAUACCUACUAUUUAUUGUAUAUCCUCUACUGAUAUUUGUGCAAAAACAAUACUCCACACAUUAUCCCAAAAAUCAUAAAAUCAAAACCAAAAUCUGUCUUAAUGUUCGUUGUGAAAUGUAAACAAUUAUUCAAAUUCAAUUCAAGGAUGAAACUAAAUCAAUUUCUAUCCUACAUUUUUGCUCCUUUUUAUGUGUGUUGUUUUUUGUU